AGGGGACAGAAGGAGGGUGGUUUGAAAGGAAAAAGGCCAUUUUUGUCAACAUGUUUUAAAUAAACCAAAUUACCUAACAAGAUUGAAGUAAUUGUUCGCUGUCAGUAAGAUGCUUCAUCUGCAAAGCUGAGACUAAACGCUGACUUGUUGUUGGCUUCUUCCCGGGACUUAGUUACUGUUCAUUGAACUAGUAGCCUAAGUAAACCAUUUGAAGAUGGCGAGUGUGCAUGAAAGUUUGUAUUUCAACCCAAUGAUGACGAACGGAGUGGUCCAUGCUAAUGUGUUUGGCAUCAAAGACUGGGUGACUCCGUAUAAAAUCUCCGUCCUGGCGCUGCUGUAUGAGAUGACCGCAUCCAAGAUCACACUGCCAGAAAGAAGACGACUUAACAAGCUGAUUCUGCCACUGCAGCAGGGUCCAGACCUGACUCUUGGCCAGUUCCUGCAAACAGUGGAAGAGUGCUGCCCUCAGACUGCAUAUGCUGUCAAACUCAGGCUGCAUGAAAUGGCAGAUGGAGAGCUGAAAGACAUGGAGUAUUUCUUUUCCACUCUUCCCACUCCAUUCACUGCUUUUGAUUCUGAGGCUUAUAAAACCAGCGUUGUGGGUCUUUUUAUGAGACACAUGCUCCUGGCCUACAACAAACUGUCCUUCAGUCAGGUCUACAAACUCUACAAGUCUCUGCAGCACUACUACCACAGUCACUACGCCAAGCCUACUGACGGGCAGGUGGGUUUGGCGGCGCUGGUUGCAGACGACUCUGAAAUGGACCUCACCAGUAUUGAGGAUACUGUAGGAGACAGAAUAGACAAAGAGGAGUUGGACACCCCACUGCAUGAGUCAGAGCUUCGAAAUGACAAUACUCCAAGCAGAGGUCCCCUGUCACAAAAACAAGCAGAGUACUUUCUUGCAAGACAGGCAUAUCUUCUGAAGAAUGAUGAGAACAAAGCUCUAAAGCCCGCUGCGCUGCAGGAGGAGCUCAACAACAUGUUGAAGUUUAACCCAGAUUUUGCUGAGGCGCAUUACCUGAACUACUUGAACAGCAUGAGAGUCCAGGACAUCUUCCUCUCCGCCCACAGUCUCUUACAUUAUUUUGACCGCCUCAUCUUGUCUGGAAAUGAGGGAAAGAGCAACGGCGAUGAGGGCUAUGGUCGAAGUCUCCGCUAUGCUGCUCUUAACUUGGCGAGCUUGCACUGUCGCUUUGGUCAUUAUCAGCAGGCUGAUCUGGCUCUACAGGAGGCUAUUCGCAUUGCCCAGGAGUCCAAUGACCAUGUGUGCUUGCAGCACUGUCUGAGUUGGCUCUACACACUGGAACAGAUGAAGGGAUCUGACAGCACUGUGUUAACUGAGGAUUCAGUGAAAAUGGCUGCCCAUUUCUGCUUGCCAUACCUGGCAUCUCUGGGCAUUCAGUCUUUGGUCCAGCAGGGGGCAACACAGGGUAAGACAGCACACAAACUGAUCAACGCACUGAAGGACACAGACAUCCUGCACUGGAAGCACAGUCUGUCGGAGCUGAUCGAGAUCAGCCUGGCUCAGACCACAUCCAUAUGGAGGAUGUACGGCAAGAGCACCAUGGCUCUGCAGCAGGCCCAGCUGCUUCUCAACAUGAGCAGUCUGGAGCCGGUCAACUUCGGGGUCCAGCAGAACAACACAGAGGCCUUUGCCGUGGCUCUCUGCCACCUGGCCGAGCUACACGCUGAGCAGGGCCUGUACUUUGCAGUUUCAGAGAUUCUUCAACAUCUGAAAGAACAAUUUCCUCCUCAUUCACAGAAUGCCAAGCUCUGGAUGCUGUGUGAUCUUAAAAUCCAGUUUGAGAGGCAUAUGAACGAAGGAAAAUACCACUUAGCAGAGCCACUAGUCACAGCUAUUUCUGCCUUAAACAAAACAGAGGGUCUCUACAGGAAAGCUCAAGUUCUGAAGGCUCUCAACCGCAGCACUGAGGCAUACAGCGUCUUACAGCGGCUACAGGUUCACUGUGAGAAGACCAAAUGUACAGAGAUGGUCAUCAGAAUGAUGCUCUCCACUGCUGAGCUCCACUGGGAGUCGUCUGGCUUCUCCACAGCUCUUCCUCUCCUCCUGCAGGCCUUGGCUUUGGCCAGACAGCACCACCUACAGUCCCUGGCCUCAGAGACCAUCCUUCACCUGGCCUUUACUCAGCUGAUGCUGGGAGUUCCUGAGCAGGCUCUGAGUGUCCUGCAUGAAGCCAUUGAGCCUGUUCUGGCCCACGGAGCAGUCAUAGACAAAGGCCGAGCCCUGCUGUUGACAGCCCGCUGUCAGAUGGCAGUGGCUGGUUUCAGUCCAAACGGACAAGGGCAAGCAGAUUUGCGUUUGGCGGUUUUAGCUGUUGACACGCUAAACGAGGCCACAGCCUAUUUUUCUAAGCUGGACUGUAAGGAGCGGCUCCGGGAUGUCCAUUACCUGCAGGCUCAGCUCUACCGUUCUCUGGGACAAAUCUCACAGUGCAACAAAAGUGCCAUGCUCUUCCGGCUGCUGGACCAGGACCUGCAGACACCAGCACCACCAGUUUCUAUGCGACUCUAAGUGCUCCUUUUUCAACAGCACACUGUCGAUUUUCUUUUCUCUGCUGAAAAGGACACAACACCUCCAGCUGCUGAGUUGAGUCACUUCAGCUCACCACUAGAGGGUGGUGAAACUCUGCCCUGCUCUCUUUCAGCCCUGAAGCAUUUUGUUAAUACAUACUUUGAACUGGAGGUAAUUGUGGAACUCUUCGCACGCAUUGCCAGGAUAAUUAAACAGGACAAUGUCAGCAGUCAUAAAUAAGGCUGGGUUUCCAGCAGAUCAAGAAUGGCUCCAUUGUCUCUUUACCCUAGGUUCUGUUACAGAUAAUGAAUAAUGGUCUGUUAAUAAAUAUACAGUGUUUUAAUAGCUUCCACUGUAGCAGCAGUCCAGGUUUGUCUGACAGACAUACAUGCCCAGCGACGGUGUGGUAGAAAUGUCAAAAGUUUAUCAGGAGCUGUCACGGCCGUGCUGAUUUACCCACCGCUUUAUGAUGAAUGAGGGUAAUAUCACAGUUAGCUACAAGAUGAAUGUGUUUCAGUGGCCUGGAUGAUUCAUAUUUCACCAGAGGAAUACUGAUGAAGCUGGAAUCCAGAGGAAGAAAUCGUGAUCACAUUUAUAACGUAAUAGACCUGCGAUGACAUAACAGCAGAUACUGUAUCUGUAUUCCACUUAUGUCGGACACGAUUUGUGAGAACCAUUUUGGCUCAUAACAUUGCAUUUCUUCUGACAGGCCUGUAAUCCAUUACUCAAAGCACUUCUUUCAAGAGAAUAAACAAGACUUGUUUUAUUUAGUUUUCAGUUGA